AUGGGGUGUUUAUUGUGUCUUCAUACUUUGGAAAACAGCUUGCAUGUUUUUGUUGAUUGUCCAUAUGCACAGAAAGUUUGGCAUAGAGCUGGUUUACAGCUGCCUACUGGGCCAGGCGACAAUUUUAUAGAUUGGUUUUUGGGUGCAAUCAAUAGUUUAACAAAGGAGCAGAUAGCUAGGUGUUUGAUGCUCUUAUGGGGGAUUUGGAAAAACAGGAACAGUCAAUUAUGGGAACAUAAGAGACAGCAUGCAUCUGAGGCUGUGUUGCUCACUAUGGGUUGGUAUGAGGAAUUCAAAAAAGUAAAUGUGCAGCCAACGGAGAUUAGGAGACAAUUGGUGAAAUGGACAAGACCACAAGGGAAUUGGGUGAAGGUUAAUUGUGAUGGUGCAUUCCAGCCGGCAACAAGAAAGGGGGGUGCUGGCGUUGUGAUCCGAGAUGAUAAUGGUGAUUUUCAAGUUGGUGUUGCUAGACUUCUCCCUUUAGUAACGUCGCCUUUCCAUGCAGAAUUGAUGGCGUUAAAGGAAGGGAUCAAUUUUUUGGCAGUGGCAUUAUAG